AUGACUGAAUCCAGUUCACCGUUAUGCUUCCAGAGCCCGAUCCAGUUCAACCUCGGCGACAACGGUGCCUAUUCCUACAGCUACGAGUCCAGGCUGGAGGACGGGGGCAGGAUCGCCCAGAGAGAAUCCGGCGACGGAUCCGGCAGCGUGACCGGACACUACAGCCUGGGCGGUUCCGACGGCCGAAUCCGGAAGGUGGACUACACGGCCGGACAGGCCGGAUUCCGGGCCUCCGUCGACACAAACGAAUUCGACACGACCGGAGACGCUCCGGCCCACGUGAUGUAUGCCGCUUCCCUGGCCGGACCUGCUGCGCAGAGCUUCAUGCAACAGCAACAGGGUAAGAUGUAUUCGUCCCCUGCACAUCCCAAAGCCCCCGCCCCUGAGCCCAUUCAGCAGACGCAACAUUUCGGGGCUACUUUCCAAUCUGCACCAGUGGAAGGAUACCAAGGUUCCCAGCAAGAACAGCAACCAUCCAAGCCGUCGCCCUACGCCUUCAGCUACGACUCGCAACUGGACGACGGUAGCAGUUCCCGGACCGAAUCCGGCGACGCGUCCGGCAAGGUGGUCGGAUCCUACAGCCUGACCGGAUCGGACGGUCGCCGCCGGACGGUCAACUACCAGGCCGACCAGGACGGAUUCAGGGCCUCCGUGGACACCAACGAGCUGGGCACCAAGGCCGACUCCCCCGCCAACGUCCAGUUCCUUUCCUCGGCCCCCCACCAGGCCGCCCCCCAGCCCAUCCAGCAGAAGCAGUUGUCCGGGGCCGCCCUUUUCCAAUCUUCAGCCCCAGCAAUGAGGACGACAUACCAAUCUUCUCAGCAAGGACAGUCCUCCGUGCAGUACAACGCAGCAGCUCAGCAACAGCCCCUCCCCUAUUCCUUCAGCUACGACACCCAACUGGAGGAUGGCUCCAGCUCCAGGACAGAGUCUGGAGACGGAAGCGGCAAGGUGGUCGGCUCCUACGGCCUGUCGGCCGCGGACGGACGAUUCAGGAAGGUGGAAUAUCUGGCAGAUGAAGGAGGCUUCAGGGCCACCGUCAACACCAACGAAUUCGGCACCAAGGCAGACUCCCCAGCCGAUAUCCAGUUUUAUUCAUCGGCCAAAGUCGAAGAACCUAAACCUUACUCAGGCGCCUCCAGCUCUUCCAUGUACCAUUCCAGCACUCAGCAACAGAACCCGAUCCAGUUCAACCUCGGCGACAACGGAGCCUAUUCCUACAGCUACGAGUCCAGGCUGGAGGACGGUGGAAGCAUCGCCCAGAGGGAAUCCGGCGACGGAUCCGGCAGCGUGACCGGACACUACAGCCUGGGCGGUUCCGACGGCCGAAUCCGGACGGUGGACUACACGGCCGGACAGGCCGGAUUCCGGGCCUCCGUCGACACCAACGAGUUCGGGACGAAGAGCGAUUCGCCCGCCCACGUGACAUUCCUGUCGGCUGCUGACGUCGGUGCAGCUCCUGUUGCGAGUCCUGUAGCUUUCAAAGCACCCGCGCCGAAAGCAACUCCCCACCGAAGUUCAGGAUCGGCAAGUGUGCACUCGUCUGUGCUCCGACAGGAAAAGGUAGAAGCACCCGCUCCCUACGCCUUCAACUACGACACGGAAGGCGCCGCCAGACAGGAAAUGGCGGACGGAAGUGGCACCGUCACUGGCACCUACACAGUCAGACAGGAGGACGGGUCUCUACGAGUGGUCGAGUACAUCGCCGAUAAGGACGGAUUCCGUGCCAAUGUCAAGACGAACGAGCCAGGAACGCUGGGCGGAAUCGAGGCUGCCGCUAAGGACACGCCCCACUCCACCCCCAAAGCCACGCCUCACCACGCCCCCAAAUCCCCGUCCGCCAAACAGCCGGAGCGAUUCUCUUCCUUCGGCAAGAGCAGUCAAAAGAGCAGCAUGAUCAGCCAGAAACGGAUCGAAGCUUGGAGCCGAUAGACACCUGCGGUAUACGAACUGAGCAACUGAAGAGUUUCUGAAACGUCUCCAACGCUGUGGUAUAAAUAUGCAACGUCACAAAGGGAGAGAACAAGCACAACCUUCAUGCCCAAAAAGGGGGAUUUGAUUUGGUCAAUGUAUAAGACAGCCUCGAUUUUAGAAAAAAAAGUGUUCGCCAAUGCUAAUUUGCUUGACGAUGAGACUAUAUUUUUUUAAUGAAAUUAUUUCGAAGAGGCAUGCUCCCACCAAGAUCCGGCACUGUACAUAAUUUCACAGUGAUUUGUGUGCUACUUCCAUAAUAUGAUCAGUCUGAAUUUAUUUGUUGCAAUGGUAACACCCUCUCAUUCAGUCCAUGUUUAUCUACCUAUUCACAAUAGUACUUCUAGAGGUGGUUUUCACCUUCUGCUAUCUAUUUCAAUGCUGUAGAUUAACAUUUUUAUUCUCUAACUGCCCCCCCCCCCCCAGCGCUCCCGACGGAAACGGCAAAAAUACCUUUCAAAAUCACUAAUUUUUGAAUGCUCUAGGUUUUUCAAAUCUUUUUUGGGAAAUAGUGAGCACUGUCGUUUGGAGACGAACGAAAAUCUUCGGUUACUCUGAUGAAAUAAAAGACUGAAUUACUAGUUAACGAAUCAUACGAAAAAAAAGGGUAUGCAUGAAAAAAGAAAAAAAAAAUCCGGGUGUUGGUAGUCACCUUUGUUAUUUUGUUGAUUCAUCUUUUCCAUGUUUUUGGGAACAAAUUUAACGGUGAGCACAUACAGUUUGUCCCUUCGGAAAUGCAAGUGAAACAAAUGUUGACAAGACUAAUUUUCUUCCAGUUAUCAUAAAUUCUCAUCCAAAUAUUGGCGCGAAAGAGUAAAUAUUCUCAGCUCUUGGUUUUGUCACAGCACUGGCGAUACAAUGCCGAAUGUGGAAACCUUCUUGAGCAUUCACGUGGCAGCAGGGGUUAUUCUUUGUUUUAUCCUUUUCAUGUCUUAUGAACUAAUAUUGUAGUAGUAGCUGGGUUAAUGACGUCGCUUUCUUUUAUAAAACAUGCAAUUUACCUUUUAACCUCCUUACUUAUCCCACCGACAAACAAUCAUAUGAUUAAAAUUUUGCUGCAUGUCACUAAUGAUUAUUAUCUGAAAAGAUUUU